AUGCACCGCAGCCGACAAGCGCUAGUCGACCUCACGAAAAAAACGCGAGUCGAUGGCGGACCGAUUAAAUGGACACUGGACCACGAAAGCAACGGCGUGCUGGUCGACCGCGGCAACGACUCGUUGCAUGCGUCCCAGGUAUUUCUACGAGUGACUGAAGUCCGCGCGUCGUUGGUCGACUUGGCCGACGUGCUGCGCCAGCCAGACCACGUCGACCGCCAGACGCUGUAUCGUAUCGCUGGCGACGGUCGAGCAUUCGCGGAUUCGACAACGUUGCUCGUGCAGUGGCGAGCUUUGCGGCCCAGUGUUCUCCACCGUCGGCGAGACGCAUGCCUCCUACGAUACCAAGACAACUUUUCCGUCGACGGCUUGCGAGGGGUGGGGCCAAUGCGUUCGACGUGCCCAAUGUUUGCCCCGACUUGCAAGCUUCGCUUGGCUACGUGCGGGCCGGCCGUCUCGGUGAGCCAGCUCUACCAGAUCGACUGGAACGGAUUGUUGCCGCCGUGGCUGUCCCGAUGGCUCACGUCGGAGAGAGCGACUCGAGCGUGCGAAUGCAUUGGCAUGAUUGUGCAUCACGCGCGACGACGCAAGGCGAUCUCCAAGCCGAGCUUUCGACUGCCACAACAACGGCGCCGGUCGCUCGACGCCCCUCAAGACUUGGAUGGCGUGCAUGCUCGAUGCAUGGCGAACGCGACGUUGACAACGGCAACAGGAUUGUCCCGCCGACAGCGCCACCAAGUUCUGCUGUCAGUCAAGAUGACGAGCCAUGUAUUGGAUCGCCACCCCGACUGCCACGCGUUGGAGGAGCCCAGGACGUACCUCAGCAGGAAGGCACUCUCCGUCCUUCCAUCCGCGCACGGCAACUGCUCGAACCCCCUUCGGCCGUCGCACGGCCACCUCGCCACCAGUGGCCACCAUGAGCACACCCUUCAGCCUCGUGCGUCGUGA